AAAGAAAUCAUUUAUAUAUUAUCACAUAGAUAAAAACGUUACAAAUAUAUACAUUUUUGUUAGGAAAAUAAAAUAAAUAUGUUCUUUGGGUAUCAAAGAGAGAACUCUUCAUCAUAACUUUCAAAAUUACAAGCACAUGGAAGAUAUAAGAACAACCAUGGAGUAAAAGCUGAUUCCCAAACAACAAAUUUAGCUAUGGUCUACGUCUUCGACUAAAAAAAGAUUGUACACACAUUGAUUAUACACAAAUCUCCUAGGUGUUUCUUACAUCAAACAACUCCUCAGAUAUAUAUAAAAAAGCAAAAAUAGUGGUUACAUUGACCAUAAAUUAAUAUAUGGUCAUUAUGGCCAGUCAAGUAGCCAAAGUCAAUGACUGCUCUACCACGAUCUCAGAGUUUCUAACGACUGAGUUAGAAUUAUUAUUCUUGGACAACUAAACAAAAGUUUAUAAAUUUGUAACCACAACUAAACAAAAACACUACUAUUUGUUUGAUAUUGUCUAAACAAAAUUUAUACACAAGUAGUCUAACAACCAGAUCUUUUUAAAGCACCUCGCAUUCUCUCAAAUCUAAACGAUUCUCAAGAACAAGAACAAAAAAAAAAAGAGCUACGAGAUGUCUUCGUCAAGGCCAGAACAGCACACACUCCAUCAUUUCAUCCAUAUUCAUCCAUUAACGAAGGUUGACGGAUAUGGCGAGUUCACAUGCGGUGGCUGCAAAACUUUUGGCUUUGGGAAGACCUACCGUUGCUCCUGGUGCGACUACAAUCUUCACGAACACUGCGCUACGUGCUCCCCUACUCUCUUCAGCUUCAUCCACCCACAACACGAGCUCAAACUAGUCUUUAGAGGACCAGAGCAAACGCACCAUGAAAAACGUAUGUGCAACAUCUGCGACGAACCAGCCGAAGGGCUCUUUUACCAAUGCCAUCCUUGUGGCUUCGACGUCCAUCCACUCUGCACACAGCUGCCUCAGCGCGUGAGACACGUGCCUCACUCCGCUCAUCCUUUAGAGUUGAGUCACUGGGGAGCGAGCAGCACGUGCAAGGUUUGCAGCGGUGCAAUCAGGUCUUGGCGGUACAAGUGUAGCCCAUGUGGUUUAGAUGUUCACAUGGAAUGUGUUAAUACGUCUGCAGCGUCAGUAGCAACAAUUCAGCAGAGGUGUUAUGGGCCACAACCGCAUUAUCACCCUUCUCAGUAUUAUCAUCCUUAUUACAAUCAUGGAUAUACAAACCAUCAAGGUCAGGUUCAAGAGUCCACUCCGAGCAUAGGAAGAAGAAUGUUUGUCAUUUUAAUGGCUCUAACCGUUGGGGUUAUCUGCAAUAUUGUCGCUGCGCCGGUCUCUGAUGCCUUUACUGGCGGCUUCUGAAAUGGCACGUCUCUUAUAUGCUGCCGUUAUAUAUGCUUAUUUUUAUCUAUUUCUUGUGUGGUUGUUUUUUUUUUCAAUUUUUUUUAUAAAUAUAUUAAAAAUGUAAUUAAAAAAUUUAAAAAGCAAGUGUUAUCACCACCACUUAUACGCAACAUGGUAUAGCCAGAACAUGAUCCAUCACACUGCAAAACCAUUCAACGUACCAUAAAUAUACAAUAUGUUAUCACUUAGCAGAUUCUACGUUAUGCCGCUUUUUCAGUCGAAUUUACAAGGAUUUAAUUAUCAUUUAGGUAUUAGUUUUAUUUCAAACUAACAAACAACCAUAUCUUGUCAUAACUUACCUUGUUAUGUGACACUUGUCUUGAUCUUUGUGAAUUUGAUCUUAAUUAUUAAUAUUUUGAUUUGGUGUAGCAGUGCUGAAGCUUUACUCUCCCACUCCCGAGCGUACGCGAACGUAAUACAUCUAACAAAUCCACUCAUCAGGACAUAGUUUUCU